AUGUUGUUCGAAGAAGACCCGUCCGUGCUCAUCCAGCACACCGUCGACAACUUCAACACGGCACCCGACAAGGCCGCCGUCGCCCGCAUCAAGGAAUCGCUGUCCACCCUCCAGGAAGCGCGCCAGCUGCAGGUUGAACAGGCCGAGGCGUCUAUGAAGCGCCUCGCGCGCCAGCUCAACACACUCGGCGCCCAGCACGACGAGCUCGCGUCGAAGCACGCGGCGGCCGCGCACGCGCCGACGAUUGCGCACCUCGACACCCAGAAAUUUCGCGUGGCCAAGGCCGCGUCCGACCUCGAGAUGGAGACGGAGCGGCUGUCGGCCCAGGCAGCGGAUCUUUCGGCGCGUCUGCAAGAGUUGGAGCUGCAAGGAGACGAUGGCCCGCUGGUCGGCAGCGGCGGCAGCGGCAGUGGCAGCGGCGCGGCGGCCGCGGCGACCGAGGACGAGGUGCUGCUGCGCCUGCGCGUCUACCGCAGCUUGGGAAUUGAACUCGAGCGCGAUGGCGCGGGCCACGACGGCGAAUGGUCGCGGGCGGUGAUCCGCAACGACCGGAAGGGCGACGUGCAUGUGGUCAACAUGGACAAGAAGUUCUCACGAUUCUUCUACGCCAACUACUUCUGGCAGACGCUAUAA